GGGGGAUUUAUUGGGAGUUCUUUCCAGUUCCUGCAAAAUCUCAAGCCAGGUGGCUAUGGUAUGGAUGUAACCAAGAAAAACAAACGAGAUGGCACCGAAGUCACUGAAAGAAUUAUCACUGAAACAGUAACUACAAGACUUACAUCCUUACCACCAAAAGGGGGGACCAGCAAUGGCUAUACUAAAACAGGCUCUCUUGGUGGAGGGAGCCGGCUGGAGAAGCAAAGCCUGACCCAUGGCAGCAGCGGCUACAUCAACUCAGGUGGGAGCACCCGGGGCAACGCCUCCACCUCCAGUUACAGGAGGGCUCAUUCUCCCGCCUCCACUCUGCCCAACUCACCAGGCUCAACCUUUGAGAGGAAAACUCACAUCACCCGCCAUGGAACAUACGAAGGGAGCUCCAGUGGCAACUCUUCUCCGGAGUACCCUCGGAAGGAAUUCGCAUCUUCUUCAACGAGAGGGCGGAGCCAAACACGAGAGAGCGAAAUUCGAGUGCGGCUGCAGAGUGCGUCCCCAUCCACCAGGUGGACAGAAUUGGAUGAUGUUAAGCGUUUGCUCAAGGGGAGUCGAUCAGCCAGUGUGAGCCCCACUCGGAAUUCCUCCAACACACUCCCCAUCCCCAAGAAAGGCACCGUGGAGACCAAAACAGUAACAGAGACAGUGAGUUCCCAGUCAGUGUUGGGUACCUAUGACACAACGAUCCUGGACGCCAACCUUCCAUCCCAUGUGUGGUCCUCCACCCUGCCUGCGGGAUCCUCCAUGGGGACCUAUCACAACAACAUGACAUCCCAGAGCUCGUCCCUCCUCAACACCAAUGCCUACUCUACAGGCUCAGUUUUUGGAGUUCCCAAUAACAUGGCAUCCUGUUCGCCCACCCUGCACCCUGGACUCAGCACCAGCUCUUCAGUAUUUGGCAUGCAGAACAAUCUGGCCCCCAGCUCAUCUGCCCUGUCCCAUGGCACAGCCACCAUGUCCACAGCUACCUAUGGUGUGAAAAAAAACAUGCCCCAGAGCCCUGCUGCCUCGAACACCUCCAACAACGCUGGCAUGUCCACCUCUGCUGCCUGCAGCACAAGUGUCCAGAGUGAUGACUUCUUGCACAAGGACUGUAAGUUCCUGAUCUUGGAGAAGGACAAUAUGCCUGCCAAGAAGGAGAUGGAGCUGCUGAUCAUGAGCAAGGACAGUGGGAAGGUCUUCACGGCCUCCCCUGCCAGCAUCGCUGCAACUUCUUUUUCAGAAGACACCCUCAAAAAAGAAAAGCAAGCUGCCUACAAUGCUGACUCCCACCUAAAAGCUGAAGCUAAUGGAGACCUGAAGACCGUGUCCACCAAAGGCAAGGACACCUCUACAGAAAUUCACGGUUACGGCCACCAUGGCGGCGGAGGUGGUGGUGGCGCCGUAGGUGGGGGCCCGUGGGCGGCACCUACUUGGUGCCCCUGCGGCUCCUGCUGCAGCUGGUGGAAGUGGCUGCUGGGCCUGCUGCUCACCUGGCUGCUGCUGCUGGGGCUGCUCUUCGGCCUCAUCGCUCUGGCGGACGAGGUGCGGAGGCUGAAGGCCCGCGUGGAGGACCUGGAGCGGGCCCGAGGCGGCGCGCUGUCCUUCGAGGAGAAGAUGGAGCGCAGCAGCAAGGACCGCCUGCAGGCGGCGGCGCCCGACCCCGGGCUCCUGGGCAAAGCCGGGCCGGACGCCUACAGCCAGGAGGCGCUCUGGCUGUUCGUGCGGAACAAGCUCAUGGCGGAGCAGGAGAACGGAAAUCUCCGAGGAAGCCCUGGCCCUAAAGGUGACAUGGGAAGUCAAGGCCCUAAAGGAGAUCGAGGGCUCCCUGGGAUCCCAGGUAUCCCUGGGCCCUUGGGCCACCCAGGUCCAGAAGGACCAAAAGGACAAAAAGGCAGUGUGGGAGAUCCCGGCAUGGAAGGACCCAUGGGUCAGAGAGGGCGAGAAGGCCCCAUGGGACCUCGUGGUGAACCAGGACCUCCUGGGUUUGGAGAGAAAGGAGAGAGAGGAGAUUCUGGAGAGCCAGGUCCUCAGGGCCCACCUGGUGUCCCAGGUUCUGUGGGUCCCAAAGGUUCCAGUGGCUCUCCUGGCCCCCAGGGUCCCCCAGGUUCUGUAGGUCUCCAAGGGCUCCGAGGUGAAGUGGGACCCCCUGGUAUCAAAGGUGACAAAGGACCAAUGGGACCACCAGGACCCAAAGGUGACCAGGGAGAGAAAGGACCCCGAGGCCUCACAGGAGAGCCCGGUAUGAGAGGUCUGCCUGGUGCUGUGGGAGAGCCCGGAGCUAAAGGAGCAAUGGGUCCUGCAGGCCCUGAUGGACACCAAGGCCCAAGAGGUGAACAAGGUCUCACUGGGAUGCCUGGAAUCCGUGGCCCACCGGGACCAUCUGGAGACCCAGGAAAGCCAGGUCUCACGGGACCCCAGGGACCUCAGGGACUUCCUGGUACUCCAGGCCGACCAGGGACUAAAGGUGAACCGGGAGCUCCAGGCAAGAUCGUAACUUCAGAGGGGUCAUCGACGCUCACUGUCCCAGGCCCCCCAGGGCCUCCAGGAGCCAUGGGACCUCCAGGACCUCCAGGUGCUCCAGGCCCUGCUGGCCCAGCUGGUCUCCCAGGACAGCAAGAAGGUCUUGAUUUACGAGGCCCUCCAGGGCCACCUGGGCCACGUGGGCCACCGGGACCUUCUAUUCCAGGCCCUCUGGAUGAUGGCCAGGCUCCCUGAGAAGGCUUGCCAGGCCCACCAGGCCCCCCAGGAUCUUUCCUGUCGAACUCAGAAACCUUCUUCUCUGGCCCCCCAGGCCCACCUGGCCCCCCAGGCCCCAAGGGUGACCAAGGUCCCCCAGGCCCCCGAGGACACCAAGGCGAGCAGGGCCCCCCAGGGUUCUCAAGCUCAGGGUCCAGUUCUCUUGGACUCAACCUUCAGGGACCACCAGGCCCACCUGGCCCCCAGGGCCCCAAAGGAGACAAAGGUGAUCCUGGCAUCCCAGGAGCUCCUGGCAUUCCUAGUGGUCCUUCUCGAGGGGGGUCAUCGAGCUCCACAUACCUGCAGGGCCCACCAGGUCCCCCAGGACCCCCAGGGCCUCCAGGCUCCAUCAGCAGCUCUGGCCGGGAGAUUCAGCAGUACAUCUCUGAGUACAUGGAGAGUGACCGUAUCAGAUCUUACCUGUCUAGAGUUCAGGGUCCUCCGGGUCCACCUGGCCCCCCGGGGCCUGUCACCACCAUCACAGGAGAGACCUUCAACUACUCAGAGCUGGCGAGCCAAGUCAUGAGCUACUUACAGACUUCGGGGUACAGUGUCAGCCUGUCCUCCAGCUCCAUCUCUUCUGAAGACAUUCUGGCUGUGCUGCAGCGGGAAGAUGUGAACCAAUACCUACAGCAACUGAUUGGUCCUCGGGGUCCCUCGGGGCCAUCAGGAGCCAUUGGGGAUGGGUCUCUCCAGUCUUUGGACUAUGCAGAGCUGAGCAGCCGCAUUCUCAGCUACAUGUCAAGUUCUGGGAUCAGCAUUGGGCUCCCUGGUCCCCCUGGCCCCCCUGGCCUGCCAGGAACAUCUUAUGAGGAGCUCCUCUCCUUGCUUCAAGGGUCUGAAUUCAGAGGCAUCGUUGGACCCCCAGGACCCCCAGGGCCACCAGGGAUCCCAGGCAAUGUGUGGUCCAGCAUCAGCAUGGAGGACCUCUCAUCUUACUUGCAUACUGCUGGCUUGUCAUCCAUCCCAGGCCCUCCAGGUCCACCUGGUCCCCCAGGUCCUCGAGGGCCCCCGGGUGUCUCUGGAGCUUUGGCGACCUAUGCGGCUGACAAUAGCGACAGCUUCCGGAGUGAGCUGAUCAGCUACCUCACAAGUCCUGACGUGCGCAGCUUCAUAGUUGGCCCCCCGGGUCCUCCCGGGCCACAGGGACCACCCGGGGACAGCCGCCUCCUGUCCAUGGAUGACUCCUACCGUCGGGCAAGCAGCUCCUCCUCACACAGCUUGUCCAGCAGACGGGGCAGCUCCUACAGCUCCUCUGCGAGUACAGGAGGGGCUGGUGCAGGCACCCUGGGUGAAGGGGUGGCCUUUGGUGCAGCCGACCCCUAUAGCACCGGCCUGGGCAGAGACUAUGGGGCAGCAGCAGUAGGGGGCAUGUACGGUGGUGACAAUGGACCCUUCACGGAUGGCUUUGCUGGACAUCUGGAUUACAAUGAGUUGGCUGUCCGGGUGUCGGAGAGCUUGCAGCGCCAGGGCCUGCUACAAGGGAUGGCCUACACUGUCCAGGGCCCACCUGGCCGGCCUGGGCCCCAGGGACCACCUGGCAUCAGCAAGGUCUUCUCUGCCUACAGCAACGUGACUGAGGACCUCAUGGACUUCUUCCGAACUUAUGGAGCCAUUCCAGGACCCCCUGGGCAGAAGGGAGAGGUGGGCACCCCAGGACCUAAAGGUGACAGAGGCCCUGUGGGACCACCAGGUCAUCCUGGGUCACCUGGCCCUCGAGGGCACAAGGGAGAAAAAGGAGACAAAGGUGACCAAGUCUACGUUGGGCGGAGAAGGAGAAGAAGUAUCGCCACCAAGCCAUGA